AUGUCAACUCCAACCAACGCCUCCAACGGCCCCACGCCAACGGGGACCACGGGGACCAACGGCGCUCCUCCUCCUCCGAUGAGGAUUCGCCGCGCCCGGAACGCAGGCGACCCCCUCGUUCGCCCAAAGAGAAGGCCCGCGAGGCCUCUGGGAGCUGCUCCCGGCGGAAAUACCGCAAUCAAAACCUUGCCCGCACGUCCUUCGGUCCCCGGCGCCGCGUCCCUACCACUGCCUCCCAAGCCCCGACCAGCUCUCGUCCCAGAUCUACGCUCCGUCAACGGAUUCAGCGGGCCUUUGUUAUCUCAGAAAUAUGUUGACUACCCGCUCGUUACCACGAGAAAGGCUUUGCGCGAGGGGUUGAAACACCACGUUGCCCGGUUCUCUUCCAAACGAACUAUCGACCCGCGCGAUGAAUCCCAGUUUACGCGCCCCGUCAGACUUCAUCGCCGAGACCCGCGCGCCCGAGCCCAUGAAUCGCAUGGAGAGAAGAUGGUCGGACCUGACGGCCAACAGCUGGACGAGGCCGAACGGGAGGCCUUGGAUGCUCGAAGAGCCGCGCGCGAGAAGGAGCGCGCUGAGAAUAUGGCGCAGAUUGCGCCCUCGGUCGGGUCGACUGCAAAGAGGCCGAAUGCUCCCAAGCAGAAAACACAACAAGUCUUCAAGUCGGACAUGACCAAGGAGGAGAUUGCUAGAGCUCGCAUCAAGUAUGAGGAGGCUCUACCGUGGCACCUUGAGGAUUUCGAUAACCGCAAUAUCUGGGUGGGCAACUAUGAAGCUGCGUUGUCGGAGACCCAUGCAGUCUUUGUCCUUGAGAACAACAAGAUGCGCAUGAUCCCCGCUGAGAAGUGGUACAAAUUCAGCGCCAAGCAGCAAUUCAAGGCUUUGACCAUCGAGGAGGCAGAGAAGCACAUGUCUAAGCGCAUGAAGGACCCUCGGUGGUUCAUGGAAAAGCAGAAGGAGGUCGAGAUGAAGAAAGAACUUGAUCUAUUUGCUAAGCAGCACAAAGUCUAUGCCGGCAAACAAGGUGGCUUGAGCGGUAGAGAAGGCUUGGAGGCCAGUGAAAUGGACUUCGAAGAAGACCGAUUCGCCGAUGACGAAGAACAUGCUGAUCUGUUCAACGACGAACAAGAUGAAGAGACCAAGGCAGCUGAGCAGCGAAUCAAGCAAGAUCAAUUGAAGGCGAACGUGUUCGACCUCAAGCAAGAGAAGGACUACGAGGAGGAGGAGGAGCGGGAGAAGAAGGAGCGUGAAGCCCGCAAAACCUUCGGCAAGAGGGUCCGCAAGGCUCUCAAGAAACGAGAGAGGAAUUACGAGUACAGCAGUGGCUCCGAUGUCAAUCCAUACACUGAUGAAGAGAGCUCUGAUGACAGCGAGGUCGAACGCCAAAAGGAAGAAGAAAAGCGCAAGGCUGAGGAGGAAAGACUUCAGCGAGAGAAGGACUCGGCCACAUCUACCAAGGGCAGCAAUACACCCUCGGGUCGCCCUAAGCACACAGAUGCUUUGAAGAAGCCAGCACCUGGCUCUCGCAAGCGCUUGGGAUCCCCAGGCUCGGACGCAAGUGGCACCGACACUUCUCGAAAGAAGGCGAAGAACAAGCAUCAGCCCACUUCGCGCCCAAUGUCCCCAUCUGCAGCACAGGCCGGUAAGAAACGCAUUCGAAACAAUCCACUCGGCGGCUCUGGAUCCGGCAGCGAGGUCGAUAUCGGUGUUGGAUCUGGAGGCGAGCUGAGUGAGAGCGGCAAGACCAAGAAACUAAGAUUGAAUCCCCCAUCAGCCACUUCGCGCAGUGGCACUCCCCAAGGAUCCCGAGCUGCGAGCCCCGUCGCUGGCAACCAGUUCCCCGGUAGCCGAGCCGCAAGCCCCGAUGGACCAAGAGGCGCCGGUCGCUCCACCCCCAUCCCAUCCGGCCAACCAUUCCCCACGCCCGCCGAAAUUCACGCCGCGAUCCCCGCCACCGGAAUCACCAGUUCCGACCUUCUACGUAUUUUCCGUCCCCGCAUUGGCGAGUCCAAGGAGAACCAUCGUCGUUUCAUUGCCAUCGUUAAGGACGUCGGUUUGUAUGGUAAGGAGGACAGACUCUUGCGGCCUGGUACCUGGAAGGCUACUUAG